UCGCCCCUGUCCUCGCCGCUGCAUUCUCCAUGUUGCGCUGCACGGCAGGGUCUCGGGCGGUGUAGCUACUGCUGCUGCCAGAGGAGCAGACAGGACCCUGCUCUGCUCGUUCAUCCAGCCACACUUUUCUUUUCCAUUUUUUAGCCCCUUCCCUCCCCAUUUCCUUCUCCCUUGCUCCGCCUGCCUGGCAUCCAGCUCCCCCGCCCUGUGACCCCCUCCCGACUGCGCGCACCGGGGCUAUGGCCGCAGAAGAGGUGUUGCAGACGGUGGACCAUUAUAAGACUGAGAUAGAGAGGCUGACCAAGGAGCUCACGGAGACGACCCACGAGAAGAUCCAGGCUGCUGAGUACGGGCUGGUGGUCCUGGAGGAGAAGCUGACCCUUAAGCAGCAGUAUGACGAGCUGGAGGCUGAGUACGACAGCCUCAAGCAGGAGCUGGAGCAGCUGAAAGAGGCCUUUGGGCAGUCCUUCUCCAUCCACCGGAAAGUUGCUGAGGAUGGAGAGACUCGGGAAGAAACGCUGCUGCAGGAGUCAGCCUCGAAGGAAGCUUACUACCUGGGGAAGAUCUUGGAGAUGCAGAACGAACUGAAGCAGAGCCGGGCCGUGGUCACUAACAUACAGGCAGAGAACGAGAGGCUCACCGCGGUGGUGCAGGACCUGAAGGAGAACAAUGAAAUGAUGGAGCUACAGAGAAUACGGAUGAAGGAUGAAAUUCGAGAAUAUAAAUUCCGAGAGGCCCGGCUCCUUCAGGACUAUACUGAGCUGGAAGAAGAAAAUAUCACGUUGCAGAAACUUGUGUCCACAUUAAAACAGAACCAGGUUGAAUACGAAGGCUUAAAGCAUGAGAUUAAGCGAUUUGAAGAGGAGACGGUGCUGCUGAACAGCCAGCUGGAAGAUGCCAUCCGGUUGAAAGAGAUCUCUGAGCACCAACUGGAAGAAGCCCUGGAGACCUUGAAAAACGAAAGGGAGCAAAAGAACAACCUGCGGAAGGAGCUGUCCCAGUACAUCACCCUCAAUGACAACCAUAUCAGCAUCUCCGUAGAUGGGCUCAAGUUUGCGGAGGACGGGAGCGAACCGAACAACGAUGACAAAAUGAACGGCCACAUCCACGGGCCUCUGGUGAAACUGAACGGAGACUACCGGACUCCCACUUUGAGGAAGGGAGAGUCUCUGCACCCGGUGUCUGACUUAUUCAGUGAGCUGAACAUUUCAGAAAUACAGAAAUUGAAGCAGCAACUUAUGCAGGUAGAGCGGGAAAAGGCCAUUCUUCUGGCCAAUCUCCAGGAGUCACAGACGCAGCUGGAACACACCAAGGGGGCGCUGACAGAGCAGCACGAACGGGUGCACCGGCUCACGGAGCACGUUAAUGCCAUGAGGGGCCUACAGAACAGCAAGGAGCUCAAGACCGAGCUGGACGGGGAGAAGGGCCGGGUCUCGGAGGAAGAGGCACAUGACUAUGAGGUGGACAUCAAUGGCUUAGAGAUCCUAGAGUGCAAAUACAGGGUGGCAGUGACUGAGGUGAUCGAUUUGAAAGCUGAAAUUAAAGCCUUAAAGGAGAAAUACAACAAAUCUGUAGAAAACUAUACUGAAGAAAAGACCAAGUAUGAGAGUAAGAUCCAAAUGUAUGAUGAGCAGGUGACAAGCCUUGAGAAGACCACCAAGGAGAGUGGAGAGAAGAUGGCCCACAUGGAGAAGGAAUUGCAAAAGAUGACCAGCAUAGCCAACGAAAAUCACAAUACCCUUAAUACAGCCCAGGAUGAGUUGGUGACCUUUAGUGAGGAGCUAGCUCAGCUUUACCACCAUGUAUGUCUGUGUAAUAAUGAAACCCCCAACAGGGUCAUGCUGGACUACUAUAGGCAAAGCAGAGUUACUCGUAGUGGCAGCCUCAAAGGGCCCGAUGAUCCCAGGGGACUUUUGUCUCCACGGUUAGCCAGGCGGGGGGUGUCAUCCCCAGUAGAAUCCAGGACCUCCUCUGAACCAAUUACAAAAGAAAACACUGAGGCCAGCAAAGAACCAAGUCCAACCAAGACCCCCACUAUCUCUCCUGUAAUUACUGCCCCACCGUCAUCUCCAGUAUUAGAUACAAGUGACAUCCGCAAAGAGCCAAUGAAUAUCUACAACCUUAAUGCCAUUAUCCGGGACCAAAUCAAGCAUCUGCAGAAAGCCGUGGACCGGUCCUUGCAACUGUCUCGUCAAAGAGCAGCGGCACGGGAGCUGGCCCCCAUGAUCGAUAAAGACAAGGAAGCCUUAAUGGAGGAGAUCCUCAAGCUCAAGUCCCUGCUGAGCACCAAACGGGAGCAGAUUGCCACACUGAGGGCUGUGUUGAAAGCCAACAAGCAGACAGCUGAGGUGGCACUAGCUAAUCUCAAGAACAAAUAUGAAAAUGAGAAAGCAAUGGUGACUGAAACGAUGACGAAACUUAGAAAUGAACUGAAGGCUCUGAAAGAAGAUGCAGCAACUUUCUCAUCCCUGAGAGCAAUGUUUGCAACAAGAUGUGAUGAGUAUGUCACACAGUUGGAUGAGAUGCAGAGACAGUUAGCAGCCGCAGAGGACGAGAAGAAGACUCUAAAUACUUUGUUACGAAUGGCUAUCCAGCAAAAACUCGCCCUGACCCAGCGGCUGGAGGACUUAGAAUUUGACCAUGAGCAGUCGAGACGCAGCAAAGGCAAAUUUGGAAAGAGCAAGAUCGGCAGCCCUAAAGUAAGUGGGGAGGCCUCAGGCAUCGUGCCCACCAUAGACACUUACCUCCUGCAUAGUCAGGGCCCACAGACACCCAUCAUUCGGGGCAGCAGUGGCACUCAGAGGAAAAGACAAUUUUCACCUUCCCUUUGUGAUCAGAGCCGUCCCAGGACUUCAGGGGCUUCCUACCUACAGACUUUAUUAAGAGUUCCCCCUGACCCCACCUCCACAGAGUCAUUUCUUCUGAAGGGCCCCCCUUCCAUGAGUGAAUUCAUCCAAGGGCACCGGCUCAGCAAGGAAAAAAGGUUAACGGUGGCUCCACCAGAUUGUCAGCAGCCUGCUGCCUCCGUACCGCCACAGUGCUCACAACUAGCCGGGAGGCAAGACUGCCCGACGGUCAGUCCUGACAUAGCUCUCCCCGAGGAGCCGCCACAUUCCAGCUCGCAGUGCGCCCCACUCCACUGUCUCUCCAAGCCUCCCGACCCCUCCUCUGCACCUCCCGCGGACGAACAUCUGGGGUGAACGUUUUGUAGCCACACCCAGGACACUGCCCAAGACCCAGCUGCUGUUUGCUUCUCGGUGAUUAGACGUUGUGGUGGGAUUAAUGCCCGUCACUUGGGAAGAUGAAAGAAAGUUGAGAAGAUUAACACAAAGCCCAGACUCCGGUGUGAUACAACGUAUUAUGGUUUCUCUAAGUCACAGAUGAACUUCUGCAACGAAAUGGCCACAGUUCAAUGAAAUAAAAAACAAACAAAAAACACAGGACACGUAGCUCAGACGACUGGCUUUAUCUCAAUAGCAUAAGAGAGACCUAAGACCAUGUAAAAUACAUAUAUUGUAAAAUCGUCCUUCCUCAAACGUCACAUUCGGCUGUAGAAAUUGAUUCCACUGUUUUUUUCACCAUUGGUAUUUAUUUUGUGCUUUUACUUGCCACAUAGUUUAUGUCUAUAAAAAUCAUUUCUCUAAGAGGUGAACUUAAUUCAUUUAUUUUUAAAGAAGUAUCAUUUGCUCCAUUAAGUAUGAGUUGCAAUAGAGAUUGAAAUCUGGUAUGGGCCAGACUGUGGACAUUUUUCUUGCACAAAAAUGAUAAAUGAGGUGCAUUGGAAUGUUAACAGUAACUGUAUUUUGCUGCUACACUGAUAUUGUUUAUGCACUUACUUUCUAAUCAGCUCAUUAACUGCUGGAUUUUUUUUUAACUAGAAGUCUUCACUGGACAUUAAGUAAAUCUAAGAAAGAGACUAUGUUAUGAUUCAUUGACUUAUUCAACUUUUGACGGCAUCUUUAAUUUUUUAAAAUUGCAGAUGAGUAGAUGCACUGGUGCUGCUCCUUUGUGUGUGUAUAUGUGUGUGUGAUGACGUUAAAGAAGGCUGAAAAACACGAGGGGGGAAAUGGUGUGUUUAUUUAAUGACCAGAGUUUUUUUUUACUUCUCCCAAAUUCAGGGUCCUCCUAUGAGUCUUUCCCACUGAAAGGUAUCAAAUACAAAUGGGGAAAAUAUAUACAUAGAUAGAUGUAAGUUCGCCUUCAGUUAAUGAAUUUACCCAGAAAGUGUUCAAAUAGUGAUUAAAAUUGUAUGUGUUGUUGUUGUUAGUUUUUUCAUAAUGAAUCUUCCUUGCCAAAAAAAAACCAAUAGAUAAUAAACCUUAGCUCAUUGUCUACUUUUGACAAACACUCAGGUGCCUACAAUCAUAUUAUACAUAUUGAGAUCAUACAUGUUCCUAGUUCAUUUACAAAUUCUGCUGGGUAACUUAUGACUUGGUUUAAGGCAGUAGAUUUUCAUGGCAAAAUUUAGUUUGCACAUAAUCUGACACACAAGGAAAACAGCUAAUUGGGCUGAAAGGUCUAACACUCUUGGGCUCCUUAACUAUCAAGUGCUGCCCACACAAUUGCUCCUAGCCCUGAUUCCUUGUCUAGUCAGGUAGCCUUAACUUAUUUACAAUCAUAACGGUUUGACCUGUUCAUGUAACAGUAUCUGUAACUUCUCUUUAAAACAAACACAAUCCUCACUGUUAACACAGAAGAUGGUUAACAAUACAGGGCUCUAAUAAUGAAGAUCUCGUCAGAGCCACUCAGCCUAUUGAGCGGGAGUGGGUGUAACAUUGAUGGAGUGGUCCAUCGAGGAUGGCGGCCAGUCGGUAAGUCAUAAAGCACAGUGCAGGAGCUUUCAUCAGUCAUGCACCUGUGAGGUUGUGGUCACUAUUACCAAAGCAACCAAGAGGUUUGUGGUUUCUUAUAUAGGAGUGCUAUUUUCAACAGUGUCGUUUAUUAUGCAACUUGAAGUCGUUAGAAAUCUUCACCAUACAUAGAGAUUCAGGUUAAAGAAACAGAAAAAGAGACAAAUCUUCAUAAAGUCUCAAUCGUGGCAGCCUACCCUUCUGUUUUCCCCCCACCUGCAAUGGCCUUGCUGUUCCUGAACACCUUCUUCAUUUUAUUGGUGUUGUAUCUGCCCUGUACCAGUAUUAGUGAGACAGUGUGGAUUGUAUCAGAGUUCAAUUAAAGGUAGCUUCUCCUCUCCACUGCUUUCUCUUUUUUCCUUUUUGUUCUUUCUUUUUUAAGUAUUAUGUGUGUGGACCUGAGAAGUGGUAUAGCUGCAAAGCUGACUCUUAAUAAAAACUGUUUGUGCCUGGGGGAAAAUACGCCAAUCUAAAAAGUACCUCCGAACAUCUUUCUGUAUUGCCUCAUCAGUUUUGUUGCUGGUGCAGGGAAUUCAGCAGUAAGCAUUGUCUCUGUAUAACUAUAGAGCAGUCAUCCCACUGACGGUGCAGUAUUGCAUCGUUGCUCUCUUUCUUGGUAUUUAUGCCCCAGUGAAAGGCCGGGUCACAGACAACACUUUUUUUUCUUCCAAUAGAAAUUUUAUCAAGUCUAUAUUAAUUUUUUUCAGUUCCUUUUUUAUGGACAGAAUGGGAAAUAUUUAUUUUGAAACAUCAAUUCUAUAAAAAGGUUCGUUUUAGCAAAACUUUGCCAAGAAGGUAUAGAAACUUGGAAAUAAAUUUCUAAUUUUCUGCACAAAAUUAGGUCAUAGUCCCCAAGCAGUAAGAGAGAAUUCCAUGUAUUUACACUGUGGCAUCAUUUAGCAUAGUUUGAACUCAGCCUCAUCUAUAUUUAUUUAAAAUGAAUAAAUAUGUGUAGCGCUGAUAAAAAAAUCAGUAUACCUGUAAAGAAUAUCAUGAUUGAAAUUGAAGUAUUAGUGGAAAAAACAAAAACAAAAAAAACCCCUCAUUAAACCCACUUGAAGAGAGAUGUGGGGGAAAAAGACUACAGAAAUACAAAAAUACCGGCUAAUUAUUUCAAACACAGUGGGCAAAGAUUAAAAGUAACUAGCAAGUGUGGUUAGCAGAGUAACCAGGUAAUUUUUAAAAAGUAAGCACAAUUACCACACUGAAAAGGACAAUAUGCAGAAAUGCUUUCUACUGAGGAUUGUUUUUAGUUAAAUGAUAAAAUAAAAAGGAGCGAUAUCUUGUCUUUGGCCUGAGGGCCCAGGAGCAUACAGGACCCCCGGAUUAAUCUUUCCAAUCAUAUCCCUUCCAUCCAAUUCUGUUUCAAUAAGAGGAAUUUGGAUAACUUUGAGAAGUCAAAGUUGUUAAGUAAUUAAGAGAAGACCUAUUCAGAAAGAUUAAACUUUAGCCUAAGGAAGACGUAGACUAUUGAUCUGCAAGAAAAUGUAACCAAUGAUAGAUACCAGCUAUCGACAUUGUUAUUAAGACUAGAAUAAGAAAAACAGUCUUCAGUGUGAGGGAUUUAUAUUAACUUUAGGAAAGAGAUUCUUAACAGUGGUAAAUUAAUAUCAAAAUUGAUAAUUAUGAUGAUUUGUUUUUACAAAAUUAAAUAUUUAUUGUCCAAUAAGGAUUAACUUAAGUGGUAAGAUAUCUUAUGAUGAUGUAUUAAAAUUCUAGGAUUUCAUAAUCCUAUUAAUCAUUUAUUUUAGAUUUAAAAAUAAAGUAUUCUGGUUAGCCAUAAAAUAUUUUAUUCCUUGAAAGUAGGAUAGCAAUCCUAAUUUUUCCAAAAUAUUUGGUAAAAAAUAAAACAAGAUUGUUGGUAUUUUUUCUUGCAGCUAUAUUUCAUAUCUUUAAAGUUAUCCAGAAUAUAGUAAUUUUACUAUAAAAAGCCUCAAUUGUCAGUCUAAAAAAAAACAAAUGUCCUCAGGAAUACUUUGGAAAUAGAAGGUUCGCAUUCCCUUAAGGGGGUAAAUGCCUCUCAAACAUUAUCUUUUCUUAAAAGAGUCUUCAAUCUACAACAUUUGCUUUUCCCAGGCUUUGGAAAAUAUCCAUGUACAGAUAGUCCUUCUGUCUCAAACAAGCAUGAAAUGUCGAUCAAAUAAACCAUAAAUGUAGACAUUUCCUGAUAUUCUGCAUUAAAUAAAAUCCUCUGCAGUCUCAAAUGGUAAUUACAAAAUGUAAAAACGAAAAAUGAAAUCUAUUUUCUACUGUGAUAAGAAUGGCAAGCUUAAUGUAUAAUUGUUCUGUUCCAUCAGCCAAAAGACAUAAACUGUCUCUCAGAAAGGCACAUCAGGGGAAACAUGGAUUUCCAGGAAGCAACUGUGCUGGUUCAACCAAGGUUGCCACAAAUGCACUGAUGUUGCAGAUAUAAAGCAGGACUAGGUUCAAAAGGAACUCUUAGAGAAAAGUUCGUGAUUUUAAAUAUUGGCCUAUAACUUAUCUGUUUAUGAACCAGAGUGUUUUUAAAAUAGUCCUUGUAUUUAAUAUCACAAACUAUGUUUCCACAUAAAGGGAAGAACAUAAUUCUUCAAAAAGCUGUUGAACUGGUGUAGUGAUAGGUAGUAUAGCGAGUGCUGAUAUUGACAUAAUUUCCACCUUAAAAUCAAUUUCUGUGGACAUACAAGACUAAUCUAGCUUCUGAAUGAACUUUUCCAUUGUCUGUAAUAAUGCCUCCAGAUGAGUGGUGUCUGAAAUAGAAUUCAACUUAUUUUAAAUACCAGGUUAACUGCCAUUGUUCCUGAUGUAUUUCAUUUGUAACCUGAUUCUAUUAUUUAACACCUGAAAGGUUUCCUCUAGACAUCUCUUCUAUAGUUUUUACUCAAAGUAUAACUGAAAAAAGAUAUUUAGUAUUACAAUAUGUUCCUCAAUCAAGGAUUUUUCCAGAAAUAAUCUACUUACGAAGAAGAGCAGCAAUGAACUGCCUUUAGUGUAAGGGUAUGAGUGCACAAAAGUAUGCCGUGUAAAAUGUUUGCAUGAGAUAUUUCGCAUCAUGUAAGCUUUCCCAUAUUCAUAAUAUGAACAGUAUAGAAGUCUUAUUUCUUGUGAUUUCUCCAUUAGGAAUGUAAGGAGAUUGUUACCUAUAUCUGGUCUCCUUUCCAUAUUGAAAUGCAUGGCUCUAAUCAGUAUAUUUUUAUUCCUUUCUCUGGAGUUAUUUAAAUUUUGUCCUCUUUAAACUGAAACCUGGAUAAACUGCUGAGCCAGGUUACUUCUGCAAUUGGAGUUUACUUGCUGUGUAACAUUGGUUGAGAGCACAUUCUGAUUUUAACUUUUUUUCUUUCAGAAUGAGUCUCUGAUCAUUACGGUUGAAAACACUGAGAAGAAAAUCUGUGUUCUGGUGUGACUAUUUUUCUUUUUUCAAAGUCUUUUUAAAACAAAGAUCAGAGAACUAUAGAGAGAAAUUCCAUCAUUUUGUUGACAAAUCAUUAGUCGAUAAUAAUGGAGAUAUAGAAUGAAUCAUUUUGUUGUUUGGGUUCAUAGUAUGAUUGUGCACCAAAACUUAGAGAAAGUAAAUGACUUUAACAUCAUUGCCAUGACAUUUUUAAACUGGAUGGUUUGACUGUUAGAGUCAAUUAAACAAUUCUUUGAAAAACUUUUAUGAUAUUUUUAUAAUCUACACAGUGUUUUUAUUUGCACGAUUAUGUAUAUGGGAUGAACUGUACAUGAUUCUGCUACUGUGUUUCUUUCCAGCAUUAACAUUUGUGUAAUGUGUGGCCAACCCCGAUUUGUACACAGUAUGAUUACUGUUGUAAUUAUUCUGCUAUUUCCACCUUUAAUUGCAAUUUUGUUAUUAUGCCUUUUGGGGAUAAAUGAUGUGAAACAUUUCCACAUAAUGAGAAUAUCAUAUAAAAACAUGACUAAAAGGCUGACCUAAGGAAGUAUUUUUAAUAAUUAUUGCUAAUUAUUUUUAAAAAUUCAAAUUUCAAAGGAAACUUGUUCUCAAAGUAAAUAUAUGCAUUUAUUUUAAAUUCAAAAAAUUCCUUAUUAAUUUAUCAUUGCUUGUCCUUUUUCAUUUUUUUUGUUUUAAUUGUAGACAAUCCUAAGUGAAUGCCUCAUGGGAGAAUCCAUAUAUGUGCUUGCAUUUCUGUAAUCUGAUCAUGCACUCAAAUGGUUGGAAAAGAUACUCCAGUGCUAAGAAAAUAACUGAAGCCAAUAUAUUAGUUCUUAUAUCUUGGUUUAUGUUACCAACUGAAUAUGGUGUAAUGCAUAACUCUUCCCAGUAAAUAAACUGGUUAUCUUUUGUUCAUUU